AUGGCGGCUGCGGCGGCGUCGCCGCCGGCCACGCCGCCGCAGCCGGGGUUUCUGUACACCGCGGCGCCGCCGGUGCCCUACGUCUGGGGCUCGUGGCCGCCCGGCGCCGGGUACGAGCACCACCACCAUCACGGCAGCCCACCGCCGGCGCUCUGCCUGCCGCCCUGCGCGUGGUACUACCCCGUCGUGGCGGACCCACGCGGGUCGCCGUCGGCCGCGUACGCGGGGACGCAGCAGCAGCAGCAGCAGGCGGCGUUCCAGCCGGAGCCCGCGGGGAGCGGGGGCGGGAGCCCGGCCGGCGGCGCGACGGCCGAGGAGGACACCGACGACGACCCCUGCUCGCUCACGCUUGGCCUCGACAUCGCCGCCGACAAGCGGAGCGCGCCGGUCAGCAUCGACGCCCGGGGCGGCGCGGGGCCGAGCGACAGGGACAAGGCGGCGACGGCGGCGGAGGCGAGGAAGCGGAGGAAAGAGCUGACCAAGCUCAAGCACAUGCACGCCGCCGGCCGCCCCGGGGCCGAGCAGUGGUAGUAGGCGCGCGGCACGGCGGCAGGCAUUGACACACUAAUGACAGGGGGCUCUUGCACUACGGCAUAGCAUUGGUGAUACGGCGGCGACGGUGACUCCAUUGGAUCGAUCUGAUCUCUUCUUUGGAUCGAUUGCUUUCGUGUUUCUUUUGGUUUAGGUAGGCAGGAUGCAGGAAGGUUUGCAUGCAUACGCAUUUGGUCAUGUUUCUGAAGCCUCAAGGCAAUUGGAGGAGAGGAAAUGUUUUCUGUUUUUCGUAGUAUUCUUUGCUGCAAUAUGUAACUGGAGAAGAAACAACUACUAAGCUAGUAGUAUUAGUAUUUCUCGAUGAUGUAGCAUCGGAGGUCAUGUAUAAUGUAACGAUUCUUUCUGUAGGAUUUUUAUACCACCAGCGAGCAAGAUUAAGGCA